AUGAUCACCGUGGUCUACCGAUACGCUCGUGGCUCUCUCUGGGAAGCACUUGCCUGCUUCUCUGCUAAUCUCGAACUGAGGCUAUCCCUCUACUACCACAUGCACUUGGUCUCCCGCUCCCUCAUUCAAGCAACAGCGACUCCUCACGAAGAUCGCCAUUCGCCGCACACUUGCCUUGAGUAUACCGGGUCGUCUGGAUCUUCAACCGGUUGCUCCUUUAAGGUGGCAGCUGCUCGAAGUAGACGUGAAAACGGCGAGGACUUGCUUCGUUCCUGGAUGUGGUUUUGUGUAUUGCGCUCCGGCAGCAGUGCGCAAGCAUAUGCGUACAUCCAGCCGGGCAAGUAUCCAGAAACCAUUGAGCAGUCUCUUCGCAAGAAGAAGCGGUUCCCAAAGCCUGAGGCAACAGCGACGAUCAUGCCGGUGUCUUCCAUGAACGCAAGCAACAACGACACCGACUAG